AUGGGUGUUCCCUCACUAUUCAGAUGGCUACAACUUUCCCACAAGGUGGCAAUACAUAGCAUUUUGGAAAAUCCAUCUGUAGACUGCCUGUACUUGGACUUCAAUGCAAUAAUUCACACAUGCAUCAAGCCCGGGCUAGAGUCUGAGGAGGAAAUUGAGAGGGACUUGCACAAAACAGUAGGAGACUUCAUCGAUUAUAUUCUUCUUAAGGCACGGCCUAGAAAGCUGUUAUACAUAGCUAUUGAUGGAGUGGCUCCUCGGGCAAAGCUAAGUCAUCAGAGAGCUCGUAGGUACAAAUCGGCUCUAGGGAAGAAAGAAGGGAGUUCUGUCAAGUCUAUUUCCAAAACAGAAUUUGCUCCACAAUCGGAAAAAGAGAGGAAAGAAGAGGGUAGAGAUGAGGAGUUCACUGGGGAGAGCUCCUUGUAUGAUAAAUUCAUUGUAGAGGAUAUUUCCGAGUCAUCUUCUCUUGCUGUGGAUGUGGAAACCGAGAAUUUUGAUUUGAACUGCAUUACUCCUGGAACACCUUUUAUGGAAAGACUGCAUAAUGUCCUUAUUUCUUAUAUCCAGUAUAAGCUCAGCAAUGAUCCAGGAGUCUCACACCUAAAGAUAAUCUAUUCUAGCUACCUUGUUCCGGGAGAAGGAGAGCAAAAGAUCAUGAGCUUUAUAAGGAGUCAGGAAUCGGUUGCGAGGAAUGACGUCCACAUGAUAUACUCCCCAGAUGGAGACCUUAUGUUCCUCGGACUUUCUUUGCAUAGGAGUAAGGUCUUGAUAAUGAGGGAUUACUUCAGUCCGAAUAAGGCACGCAUGAAGAAGACCUGUGCAAAAUGUAAGAGAUCUGGGCAUUCAGAUGAGGAGUGCGGGGUGUUCACAAACUACCACUUUGUAUAUGUUAACAUCUCUGAGCUUAGAAUAAGACUUAUCAGGGAAUUCAGGAGAUACACGACCCAAAGGUUCAAUGAAGAGAGAAUCCUAAACGACUGGAUAUUUCUUUGCUUUCUUCUCGGAAACGACUUUGUACCACCCACACCAUGCCUAGACAUAAGGUUCCACUCCAUUGAGACUAUUACAGAGAUCAUGGCCAAGAACUUCUCUGUAACGAAAUCGUACAUUACAUGCAGUUCAACCAUAAACUUCCAAGCUCUAAAGAACUUCUGUACGAUUCUUGCAGCCAAGGAAGACGGGUUGUACCAUCGAAAGUCCCAGUCCUUAGAUAAAUUUAGAGAGGGGCUGAAAGAUGUACCUAACAUUACCUAUGAAAAGAUUCCAAUUCAUACUAAGACAGGGAAAAUCCAGUAUUACGCAUCAAAGCUGAAUGCAAACACGGAGUCUGACAUCAAGAAUGUGUGUUAUGAGUAUAUCAAAGGGCUCUACUGGGUAUAUUCAUACUACAUCCUUGGAUCUACAGGAUGGGAUUGGUAUUACCCGUAUCAUUUUGCACCUCUUGCAGUGGACUUGUCCAAGAUUUCCAUAAGUGAGAUCCGCAUCAAUCCAGGCCUUCCCUUAAGGCCUCUUGAACAGCUUCUGGCCGUUCUCCCUCCCAUGAGUAAAGGUAUGGUUCCUAAGGUUCUCCAGCCUAUAUUUAAUGAUUAUAAGGACUGCUACCCGGAGGAUGUAAAGACUGACAUGUUUGACAAGGUCUAUCUGUGGCAGGAAGUUGUUCUUCUCCCAUUCGUAGACUUUCGGAGCAUUUUAUCUGAAAACGCCUCAAGGUUUAACUCUCUUGGAUAUGAAGACCUGAGCAGAAACCUAAGAAGUUUAGACUUGCUCUUCACCGUUGAUAAGAAGUCUAGUGAGGUAAUAUUGAAUAUGUAUUCUGAGCUAAAGCCAACCUGCUCUAUAAAAGGCCCUGGAUACUCUGGAAAUAUCUCGCCUUAUUCAUUUGCCAGUUUCCCUGGUGACACACUUGAAUACAAUGGCACCAGAUUUGUUAACAAAACUAUCGUUGGUUUCAUAGACCCUAAGAAGAAUUAA